AUGGAUGACACUGGCAACUUCGAGGUGUCCUCGGUGAGAGAUGCCCUCGCAGACGUCACCAAUGAUCAAAACAACAGGAACACCGAGGCUGCUGCCAUAGCUCGUGAGAGGGGAUGGGUUGCAUCUGAAGCCUUGGACUAUGACAAGUACAAGUUUGCACCUGCGGAGAAACUUGCAGAAGGUGGUGAGAACCUGCAGGAAGAACCCGUUCCUGAAUGGGCGGCGAAUGCUGCUAAAUACGAAUGGAAUGAUGAGUAUGGUGAUGUUGGCCCAAAGAAUCACAGGCUUGAGGAACAGCUGUUCCGCAGUGAGUUCAUCAACCGAACCGGCCUCAAGAUUGGGAACUUGCGAAACAUCGAGAUUAUUGCUGAGAGUCACGAGAGACCCAACCCAAUCAAAAGUUUCGACGACGCAGGUAUCCACCCCAUCGUGCGUGAGAACAUUAAUCUUUGCGGCUAUGAGUUUCCCACUCCCAUCCAGGCGUACGCUAUCCCUGCAGUUCUUACCUCGCACGACCUUAUUGCCAUAGCUCAAACCGGAUCGGGCAAAACCGCUGCAUUUUUGAUCCCAGUUCUUUCCAAGCUUAUGGGGAAGGCGAAAAAGCUGGCAGCACCACGCCCUAACCUGGCUGCUGGGUUCGACCCGAUGACUGACAACGUUCGGGCUGAGCCGCUUGUUCUUAUUGUGGCACCAACCCGUGAGCUGGCCACUCAGAUCUUUGAUGAGGCUCGGCGUCUUUGUUAUAGGUCGAUGCUUCGUCCCUGUGUGGUUUACGGUGGUGCUCCUGUGCGCGACCAGAGAGACGAGUUGCAGAAGGGCUGUGAUAUCCUCAUCGGAACCCCAGGAAGGCUCCUGGAUUUCAUGGAUAAGCCGCAUAUACUCUCCCUGCGUCGUGUAAAGUACACCAUCAUCGACGAAGCUGAUGAGCUUCUUCAGUCUGAUUGGGAGUCUGAUUUCACCAAGAUCAUGUCCGGUGGAGACAUGAAUGAGGAUGCUGACCACAGAUAUAUGAUGUUUUCGGCGACUUUCAACAAGGACUGCCGCGUACUCGCUCGCAAGUUCCUUGCAGACGACCAUGUUCGCGUUCGUAUUGGUCGCCCCGGAAGCACUCACGUCAAUGUGGACCAGAAUAUUGUUUACGCAGAGCCCCAUCUUAAGAAGCAAUGCCUCUACGACUUGCUUCUUGCUAUGCCACCUUCUCGCACCCUUGUUUUCGUGAACUCGAAGCAACAGGCGGAUCUUAUUGAUGACUACCUCUACAAUCUCGGUCUUCCUAGUACCUCAAUUCAUGCCGACCGUACUCAGCGCGAGCGCGAGGAUGCUUUGCGUGCUUUCCGUGCUGCUAGAUGCCCGAUCUUGGUAGCCACAGGCGUUUCUGCUCGUGGUCUAGACAUCAAGAACGUCAUGCAUGUUAUUAAUUAUGACCUUCCCAGUUAUAUGCAUGGCGGAAUCACCGAGUACAUUCAUCGUAUUGGUCGUACCGCGCGCAUCGGCAAUGAAGGUCUCGCCACCUCGUUUUAUAACGAAAAAGACUCCGAUCUUGCCCCCGAUCUCGUCAAAAUCCUGAUCGAAAGCAAGCAGAAGGUGCCUGAUUUCCUUGGCGAUUACAAGCCGGAAGGUGAAGUGGUGGACUUCCACGACGACGACACCGACGACGGGGCCAACGAAGAAUACGGCGCUACCAACGAUGGCGGAAAUACCGGCGGUUGGGGUGGCAUGGACACUUCUCAGGAUGAAGCGGCUGAAGCUCCAACCGGCUGGGAGUGA